UAUUGUGCAGGCAGAUCCACGAGCCACGCGCAUUCACAAUCUGUCCAAUCUUACAAUUUGCUGAGCCGGACGAAUCGAAAGUGGCGACGUGGUCUUGAAUCACAUUCGAGAUCCGGAGCCGUGCGAAUUCCGGCCCAGGUUCGGACGCCGAUAUGGACACGUCGCGGCUGCUGUUCUUCGCGCUCGGCAUCUUCGUGUGCUACUUCUACUACGGAAUCGUGCAGGAGCGCAUCACCAGGGGCAAGUACGUCAGCGGACCGGACGACGAGGCCGAGUUCUUCACCUACAGCCUCAGCCUCGUGCUCACCACCUGCUUCGUCAACUACCUCUUCGCCAAGAUCUUGCUAGCGACGAUUCAGAAAAAACAGGGCGAUGACUCGACCAGGACCAUUUACUACUGCUCCAGCGCACUCACCUACCUCCUGGCGAUGGUGUGCAGCUUCAUGGCCCUCCAGUGGGUCAGCUACCCCACGCAGGUGGUCGGGAAGUCCUGCAAGCCCAUCCCGGUGAUGAUCCUUGGUGUUUUACUAGGGAGGAAAAGGUACCCGAUGCAGAAGUAUCUGUUUGUGCUGUUGAUCGUCGUGGGCGUGGCCCUGUUCAUCUGGAAGGACCACUCUAAGAAGCACUCAGCAGACUCGGCAGCGUCGGAGAGCUGGAUGGGUGAGCUGCUGCUGGUGCUGUCGCUGACGAUGGACGGCCUGACCGGCGCCAUCCAGGAGCGCAUGCGGGCCGAGCACCAGUCCAAGUCAGGCCACAUGAUGCUCAACAUGAACUUCUGGUCGUGCAUUUUUGUCUCAGUGGCUGUGCUGCUGAGCGGUGAGAUCUGGGACUUUGUUGCUUUCGUCGGCCGCCACCCGGACAUCGUCUGGCAGCUGGCCAGCUUCGCCAUUGCCGGCGCCCUUGGACAAUUCUUCAUCUUUCUCACAGUUAGCGAGUUUGGGCCCCUGCCAUGCUCCAUCAUCACGACGACGCGCAAAUUCUUCACCGUGCUCGGCUCGGUGAUCUUCUUUGGCAACUCCCUGCUCACCAGGCAGUGGAUCGGCACUUUGUUCGUCUUUGCAGGUCUCUUCCUUGACGGCAUGUACGGCAAGUCGCCUGCGGCUCCUGCAAAGCCUGUUAAAUAAUUUGUGGGUCUGAAACGAUCCACCUGGACCGUUACUGUUUGUUUGUUGACCUUUAGUUGUGAUUGGAGCACAAGAAUUUCGGGUGUCAUGAUCUUUUGAGAAGGCGAUUUGAUCAAAUUUAAAUAAUUUUUUAUAUUUUCAUGCAAACAAUUAUGCAUAAAACAUGCCAAAGUUGAAAAAUUGUGUGAAAGGGCACCGCUUCUGGCUAACAACGUGAAAAGACUUAACUCAGGAGAGCAAAGUCGUAGAUGUGUGCCCAUAUAUGGCAUGAUACGCUGUUUAAGAAUUGUAUCAUGGUAAGCAAGACAUACCAAUUGUUUGUUUUCUAUACUUAUUGACAUGAUGAAUUGAAUUGCAAAUUUCUGUUAUUUUAUAAAAAAAGUUUAAUUAUUUGCGGUCAUCUUGUCACUUAAGACAAUACUACUUGAGUAUGUAAAUGUUUAUUUAUUUAUUAUAACUGAUCAUCUUUUGAAGUGAAGCUUUAAUGUGACUGUUAUUGUUUGUCUAUUUUGCCAAGAGAAUGAAGAACAUAUAAAGUACUGCAUAUGCACACAAAGUUGCACAAGCUACAAUCCUACGCGCAUUUUUGUGAAGCCGGCAAAUUAUUUUAUCUGUUUCAUUGGCAGUAUUGAUUGUUAAAUUAAUGUUAUAGGAACUUUUGGUGAGGAAAGAACUGUGUUAAAAAUAAACUGCUUGGGCUGCUUUAUGACAAAAGCAGCAUCCAACGAAAUGUUGUGCAAAAUGUUAAGAGGAAAUAAAUGAAGUGUGUAAAACUUAAA